AAAGUACCUCACUAAACCAAAACUUGCAAUAAAUUAGGUUUACCAAGAGGGAAAAUGGGUUCCAAGAAAAGUACCUCAAUUGCCCUUUUCUUUGUGCUAAACCUUGCAUUCUUCACUUUUUCUAGUGCAUGUGGUUCUUGCCCAACUCCCAAACCAAAGCCACCGCCACCGCCACCUAAGGGCACGCCAUGCCCUCCUCCGCCUUCAACCCCGAGCAAGGCCACUUGUCCUAGGGAUACCCUAAAACUAGGUGUUUGUGCUGACUUACUUGGAGGAUUGAUUGGUGUCACAAUUGGAACUCCUCCAAAGACUCCAUGCUGCACCCUCAUCGAAGGGCUGGCCGAUCUCGAGGCGGCCGUGUGCCUAUGCACCGCUAUCAAAGCCAAUGUGUUGGGCAUCAACCUUAAUAUUCCCAUUUCUCUAAGUUUGCUUCUCAAUGUUUGCUCCAAGAAAGUUCCCAAGGGCUUUCAAUGUGCCUAAUUGAUCAAAUGCACAAUUUUUUAAAAUUUCUUCAGAUUCAUGUUUCUGAAUGUUGUUUGAUUUAGUUUUGCAAUCUCCAUUUAUGAAUAACAAAGGGAGAAUAGUGAAAGAGAAGUCGUACAAUGCUCUGAUCACUAACUAAGUGAUAUUGGUGAGAAUGAGAUAGUACGUACUUUUUAUGAAUUAUUAAUUCCUUUUAAAGUUGUAGUGUUAACUGUAUUUUGUUUGUCUAAAUUAGUUCCUUUUAAAGUUGUAUUAAUUGUAUUUUCUAUGUCUAAGGAAUUGUGAAUUUAUAAUGA